AUGUUGGCGCUCAAGAAGUUCCCACCGUCAGAGUUCAGUCGGCAGGUGAGUUUGAAAUUAUUUGGUGCAAUUUUCUGCGCUUUGUUAAUGGUGGGGAAUGAACUCUGACGGGGUGGUGAGGUUGUGAGGUAGCGGGAAUAUAAACCCUGACUGAUCAAAAAUCAUCUUCACACAAAGUCCGGUUUAAUUCAGUGCUGAUUCAAGAACUAACUACAAACCAACGUUCCUUCGCGAGUUCACCAUGAAGACGACCGUGAUAAUCGUAGCAGCAUGCAUUUUGGUGGCAGUUUCCGCUCACCAUUUGCCCCUGUCUGGUUACCAGCCACCCUUUUACAACCCCUAUUAUCAAAUAUUUAGAUAUGAUAAUCCAUUAUACAGCAGCUUUCUCAACUACCACCAUCCCUACCAAUCAUCAUAUCCCCCACCACCACCUCCCUACGGUCACCAUGUCGAACAGAACAUUUUCAAUGAUUAUCUUCUUAAGCAAUUCUUAUCUCAGCCGUACGCUUUUCCGCCUUUCAACAUUUUGGAGGAAGUCCCUUUCAUCGUCCAGAGCAAAUUCAAUGUGGUGCCCAUGGUAAUUGCAGCUGGUGACAGCAUGAAAGUCUUUACCAAAGGAAAAAUAAUAGAAAUCUCGAAGGUACAACCAACCAUGACCUUAAGAACUGAAGCGAACCAGCUUGUACAGGUCACACCUGCUGUGAAGAUAGUUCUUGAGAAACCAAUGAUUGCCACCACAUUAAAGAGCAAUAUUUUGUUCCCCAGUGUUAUUGAAAUUAAUCACGAAGGGGUAAGAAUCCCGAUUAAGGUGGGGGCUGUUAUCGUACCUGUUCCGAAAGAAACUGUGGUCACGGAGGAGACUCCUGUCAUAGUACGUGUUGUAUAUGCUGUUUCUACAACACCUCUUUCCAUUGAUUACGUAAAUAACAAUAAAGACGUGAUUUUGGAUGGAGAUAAUCAGGCUGUAGUGGUUGACAGCGAUCCCGUUGCUCAGUUGCCACCGAAAAAUGUUACUAUCCUGGACUUCCCCGAAAAAGAAGCGGAACCAAAUUUACAAAUAGAUGAAGAUGACGAAUCUUUAGUAAACAGAAAUCCGCCGAUUGGUAUAGUUCCCGCGGGAAUUGUUCAAUCAACUCAACCCCACGCAACAGUUCAAGAAUUCCACAAUUCAAAAGAGUCACCGCUGCUAACACAAUUAAGGGAAGAAGCAGCAAAACACAGACUUAAGUCAUCCUCGAUAUAUUAGUUCUUUGUGCAAUGCAGACAAUUUGAACUGAUAUAACUUUAGGAUUUUUAAAUAUAAUUAUUUAUAGAAAUUUAUAAUUAAG